CAGUUCGAUCCUUUCCCGCUUGGAUCCAUCAGAUAUAAAAUAGUCAAAGAGUCUGCGAUAUCCUAAGCACGCUUGUUCAAAACCAUGCCAGCCAGGCGAGGACGAUUACGGGCGGAGACCGCGGCGCCUAGUUGCUUAGACCCCCUCAGCCGCCUCAACCAUGACGUGGUCCACAUGAUCCUCUUGUACCUCGCUAUCGACGAUAUUCUCCGCCUUGAGCUAGUUAGUCGGGCCUGGAGAGAUCUGGUCCGGGAAUGGAUGAGGAGGUUCGGGACUCGAUAUCUCAUCCAGCCUACGUGGUACCCGGGUGGUCUGGCUGAGCCGAUGAAGCCACUGCCCUAUGAAGAGCUCAGAAAUCAUGUGCGCACGAUCCACCGAACGCAAACUGGCCUUCUAUCCUCUGCGCACAAUUUCGAGGAUAUGGCAUUCUUUGCCGUCGGGGCACAGUAUGCGGUUUGGGUGUCAAGGUCGGAUGCUAGCAGUAGCCAGAGGCACCGUCACGCAAAUUACGAGAUGCCUAGUGACAUUAUAUCCUGGCGGUCGAUGGCAGCCGGUCGGCCGCAAAUGGCCGUCAAGGCGGCGAGGUUGUGGAGGGUCGGUAGUGAGGGAGUAACCGUCGGAAGUCUGCUUGUGAAUGAAGAGGGUAUCCUGUUUGUUAGUCUAAAGUACGGGCACCCCCAUUUGAAAGGGGAGAGAGAUAUCGUGUAUUCCCUGGCCACCAACAAAAUUAUCUGGUCUCGAGAUCGCGACAUACGUCGUGCCGAGGCCUUUAUGCCAUUCGCCAUAGGAGUAUCGCAUAUCUACGCCGCGAGCUGGGAUCCCGCCGAAGAGCGCUACAUGCUUGUAGCCGAAGACUUUCGACGGAAAAAGCGGCGCUAUGCAUCAGCUGGCCUCCCAUCGAACUGGCCAUUUGCGUACGACCAUUUCCACGACUUCCAGAGCUAUGGUAUGGAGUUUGCAAAGGUGGCCAGAAUCUCGGAUGAAGAAGAGCUCGUCUUGCAGCUAAAGCAGACCGGGGAUAGCAGCUCCCGCGAAAUAGAGAUUAUCCGGGGCACUGAUGGUACGCUGGUGGGACGCGUUCCAUGUACUAGGAGAGAUUUGCACUGCGCCAUGUCUCACCCGCCCACAGGCCACAUUGCCUUUACAACACCGACCUGGCGGUUGCCGGAGAAGGUAGAAAACGCGCUUGAAGCGUUUGGUCGGUACCAAGUCUUUAUCACGCGACGAUUUAGUAACCAUUGCGAAGUUGGGUUGCAGCUGCUAUCCGUAGACGUGGUGCUGGUUCCUAGAGAAUGGCUAAUUCGACCCAACUAUCGCCUGGAAUCUCUUGUGGUCAUCGACCCGUUUCACCGGACGGCAUUUGUAUCAUCAGCUCGAAAGGCAAAGGAGGAGUAUUCGAACUCUGGGUGGACAAUCUUCAGCUGUCCCCUUGUUCUGACGGAGGAUUCAGGCUUAUGUGCCGCUGCCAUGGCGGCAAUCCCCCAUGCGUUGGCGGGCUCCAAGGAUAUCGAAGACCCAAAUGUGGUGAGCCAAUGUUAUAUUCUCGCCGAGGGAAAUAAGAUCACCUUGCCCGCGAAGCCGAAGAAGGGGCGCGACAAAAGAGAGGCAUUGGAGUUGCCACAUCCCAUGGGCAAUUGGCAUGGCCGGGUAGCGGGGGGUCAAGUCUCAUUGUUUCUGGAGGAGGAACAUUAUGUUCUGAACUUUGUUUAG